UUACCAAUAUCUUUCUCCCAGUGUGACGUCGUCGCACAAGAGAAUGGCGAAAGCAGAGGAUGGAGGUCCUGCCAUCAUGGCUAAACUGAGCGGACCUGGUCCCGCAAAGUACUAUCUAAAAGGAACAUGCGGCUACAUGAACCAUGAUGCGAGUAAGCCUCGCAGUCCUGCAUACAAGCUGAGUGCAAGAGUUUGGCCGAGUCUCGCGAAACAGGAUGGGCCAGGACCAGCCGCAUAUUUUGUGCCUCCGAAAGUCAUUCGUAUGGGUCGCGAUGGAUACCCUUCUUAUUCUUUGUAUGGAAGGCACCAGGAGGUGAAGAUCUUUUGUACUCCGGCACCCGAUGCUUAUGCUCCUGAGCAGUGUCCUCCGACGACGGUGGCCAAGGCUCCUAGCUAUUCGUUUGGAAUCCGAACUGCUCUCUUUUCAAAGCACCAUACUCCUGCGCCAAACACUUAUGGGUUGCCUACUAUGAUUGGCUUCAAGUCUGUGAACAAGACAUCUGUGCCUUCCUACUCUUUGACUGGAAGAAGCAAAAUAGGAAGCUUUCACCAGGACACAAAGAAGACUCCAGGACCUGGCACAUACAAUGCAGCAAAUCCCAACGUGUACAAGUUUCGGAAUCCUCUAUACUCUAUCUCUGCCAGGAAUGCCUUACCUUCUGACUCUACAAGGAAACCUGGUCCUGGAGCUCAUUAUCCCGAGAAGGUGUUUAUCACCAGACGUCUUGCCCCACAAUUUUCUUUUGGAAUCCGCCACUCUGACUACAAAGCUCCUAUAUUGGAUGUUGCUGAUGUCUGAUGUUCUACAGUUUUUGUGACAGGUUUUAUUCCUAAUGUAUGUAAGACUUAUAGGAAGCUAGAAUAUCUGAUCUUUAUUCGUUUAUAGUACAGCAAUAGGGUUUUUGUAUGAGAAACAUUGCUGCUGCUGCUACUACUUUUCUCCUUAUUUACUGUUGUGGAAAAAGAGUGCUGAGAUGAUAUGUACUACCGAUGUUGAUAGAUAUUUAAUUAAAUAACACGAUCUAUGCUAUAUGUG